AUGAAAUCUGAUCGCAAGAUUCAGUUGUAUAGUUCCGAGUUCUACGCCGCCUGCACGCUGGGCGGCAUCGUCGCCUGCGGCCCGACACACUCUGCGGUGACGCCUCUGGACCUCGUCAAGUGCCGGCUGCAGGUGGAUCCGACGCUGUACCGGUCCAAUCUGGACGGCUGGAAGACGAUUGUGCGGAGGGAGGGGCUCGCAAAGGUGUUCACCGGCUUCGGCGCCACGGCGAUCGGGUACUCGCUGCAGGGUGCGGGCAAAUACGGCGGGUACGAGUUUUUCAAGCACCUGUACUCGCACAGCGUGGUGAGUGCGGAGACGGCGGCCCGGCACAGCACGCUGGUGUACCUGGCGGCGUCAGCCACCGCGGAGUUCAUCGCGGACGUUAUGCUGUGUCCCUUCGAGGCGAUCAAGGUCAGACAGCAGACCUCGAUGCCCCCGUACUGCAGCAACGUGUUCCAGGGCGUGUCGAAGCUGUUUGCAACCGAAGGCCUCGCGGGAUUCUACAAGGGCAUCGUGCCGCUGUGGUGCAGACAGAUUCCGUACACAAUGACGAAAUUCACCGCGUUUGAGAAAAUCGUUCAGGCGAUCUACGCGCGGCUGCCCGCGCGUAAAAGCGAGAUGUCUCCUCUGCAGCAGAUCUCGGUCAGCUUUGCCGGCGGCUAUUUAGCAGGGAUACUCUGCGCCGUCGUCUCACAGCCUGCAGAUGUGAUGGUCUCGAAGAUAAACAGCGAGAGGAAGCAGGGCGAGUCGAUGGCGGAGGCGUCCCGGAGAAUCUACAAGAGGAUCGGGUUCAGCGGGCUGUGGAACGGGCUCCUGGUCAGAAUCGUCAUGAUCGGCACGCUGACUAGCUUCCAGUGGCUGACCUACGACUCGUUCAAAGUCAAGGUCGGUCUGCCAACGACGGGCUAG